UUUAUUAUAUCUUCUUCUGAUAACAAAGAAAAAAAUAACUCAUUUUGAUUCCUUUCCAGGUAGAUAAUUCAGUUUCUGCUCUCUAGCCAAAGGCAGAACUUCCAUUCUUUUGGGGAGAUUCAACAAUGGCGUUUGUCGCAAUCCAAAGGCCUAAUUUUGUCAAUCUUUCCAGCCAUGGAAUUAGCUGCAGCAGCAACAAAACAACAUUUGCCCCCUGCAGAUUGGCCAUGAAAACCAAGUCUUUGCUACAAACACCUGAACAAAUCAAACCUAUUUUAAAGGAGCCACUAAAGUUCACAAUUUCCCCAUCUGAAACCGCAAGUUCAGGUGUUCUAAGGUUCGAUAGGCUACAGACACCAAAUGAAGAAUUGGUCCAAAAGAGUGGAUAUGAUUUCGGUCGCUUUGUCACACGAGAAGCAAUUGUGGAUGAAGAGUAUUGGACUGCAGCUUGGCUAAGAGCAGAAACUCAUUGGGAAGAUAAGACAAAUGGAAGAUAUGUUAACAGCUGCAAGAAGAAAUUCGCAGAGCAGGAAUUUAAUGCAUUGAAAAGGAGACAAAAGGGGUCUAAAUCUUCCUGCAUUGUAGCUGUUAAGAAGAGUGAAGGAAAUGUUAAACAAAGUGUUUUGAAGAGUGUUGUAGGAACCUUAGACUUGAACAUCCGUUCCUUGUUGCCUGGAGAAACCUUCCCCGGGGAACGAGAAGCUUCUGUUUUCUGCAACAUGAAUAACGGCAUUCAAUAUGGUUAUAUUGCAAACGUAUGUGUAGCCAAAUCAGCUCGUCGCCAGGGUAUUGCUAGCAACAUGGUUCCUUUUGCAGUUCAACUUGCUAGAGAAAAUGGUACCAUUCAACAAGUAUACAUGCAUGUGCAUAGAAAAAACCAACCUGCUCGUGAUCUUUAUGAAAAGAUGGGUUUCAAGGUAGUUGAAAUGGCGACAUCUCAAUUGGAGAAAGAGCAAACUUACUUGCUUUGCUUGCAGUUAUAGACAUCAUCUGAUAGGAAUAUAUAUAUGUAGUCCAUGUAUAGAAGAAAUUCAAACAGUUCAUCAUGAACGAAAUCAAUAGCCUAUUCAGAGUGUAUAUACUAAAGGUAAACAAGUAUAAAGAUGUGAAGAUGCUGCAAAACAGGUGUAGAGUUUUUCUCACAAAGAAAUAGUUCAAGAAUAAUUAAUGACAUUCAUUCAUUC